AUGGCCUUUCACUCUGUGCUCUUUGUUUCCUUAGCUGGACUGGUAUUUUUCUCUGAAGCUGUCUCCCAUGGCUCUGUUGAUUCCAAAUGCCCUCUCAUGGUGAAAGUGCUGGAUGCAGUCAGAGGAAGCCCUGCAGCUAACGUAGCUGUGAAAGUCUUUAAAAAGGCUGCAGAUGGAAGCUGGCAGCUCUUUGCUACUGGGAAAACCACAGAGUAUGGGGAGAUCCAUGAGCUCACAACAGAAGAACAGUUUGUAGAAGGAAUAUACAGGGUUGAGUUCGACACCAGCUCUUACUGGAAGGGACUUGGCCUUUCUCCAUUCCAUGAAUACGCUGAUGUGGUGUUCACUGCUAAUGAUUCUGGUCACCGCCACUAUACCAUUGCCGCUCUCCUCAGUCCUUUCUCUUAUUCAACCACUGCUGUUGUCAGCGAACCCCAGGAAUAA